AUGAAUAACACAUUUGUCUGGGGUGUGCCAGAAACAGCAAACACAGAACAAAACAGCAACACCUCUAUUGGUGAUUUCAAUGAUACUACACAGGUUGUUUCUGAACACCAGUUAACGAAUGUGGGCUGCAGAGAGUCUAGGGUCCACAGCCCACCCAGCCUCAUAGCUUUUGUUAAUGAAACUGCUGAUAAUGAGAAAAUAGAUACGCAUGGUUUGAUAGAAUUUCACGAUCAGGUUUCAUCUUCUGAUGUCUCAAUUCAUGAUUGGAGAUCUGAUGUUGGAAGUGACACAAGCAGAGAUUUGCUGGUGAAAGAUCCCAUGAGUGCAACAAGUAAACACUUGCAGAAAGUCCCUAGUGCUGGAUGCAGUAAGGCAUUCAGUGAAACCAGCUCUGUCACUUGUUCAGUGGUUCCAGAAUCACCACAAGUAGGACUGCAGACACUCAGGGACAAUGCUAUAGAUGCCACUAUUGAGAAACAAAUUUGUGAGCCUGUAAGUUCCGUAGAACCUAGUGCUGAUAGUGCCAUUAAGGAAUCUAGGCAGAACACAGAAUCUAUUGCUCAUGGUGUCACUAAAGAACCGAGGCAGAACACAGAAUCUAGUGCUCAUGGUGUCACUAAAGAACCGAGGCAGAACACAGAAUCUAUUGCUCAUGGUGUCACUAAAGAACCGAGGCAGAAUGUAGAAUCUAGUGCUCAAGGUGUCAUUAAUGAAAUGAGCGAGAAAACGGACAGUGAGGUGUCAGAUAAACCUGUCAAGUACAAAUGUUUGAAAUGUUCUCGAGUGAUGAAGGACAAAAGACUGAUUGAGAAUCAUUCCUGUGAUAAUGAGACAGAGGAAGACAAAAUCAAAAUAAGCAUCACCUUGGAUGUAGACUGUAAGUCCUUUCUGUGUAAAGAAUGUAAUUAUUCCAACUCCGGACAUAACUUUGAAGAGCACUUGAUGUGCCAUCUGAUGGUUCGUCCCUACCAAUGUCUCUACUGUAAGGAGUGUUUUAUUAAUCGCAAGGAAAUCAGUCGGCAUGUGCUCAAGUCACACAAUGGAGCAAAGAUGAGCUGUGCUCUCAGAGCACUGAGGAAAGCCAAAGCUCUCAUUAAGGAGGUGACAGCUUCUGGGACAAUCAGCUUUAUGGCUAAAGUUGCUGGCAAAGUGCCUCUGGAGAAGGACCCAGACAAGAAGAAGAAAUUGGAGAAUGGUCAAACUUCAGCGUCUUUAAUUCACAGUGAUCAGAAUCCAACUGAGUCAGCACAGUGUGGUCAGAAUAUUACUCCAGCAGGUCACAGUCACAAAGACAUGACUGGAACAGGUCACAUUCACCAAGACAUGACUGAAACAAGUCAUUGUCACCAAGAUAUGACUGGAACAGGUCACAGUCACAAGGACAAUGCCCUGUCAGAUCAAAGUGAGCACGCUGUGACCUCAUCAACAGUUAAAUCGCAUGAAAAGGGUCAGGAUACAAUUCUAUCAAAAUUGUAUGAUGAUGAUUAUGAUGACAGAACACCUGAAUCAAGUUCAAAUUUAGCUGUCCAGAAUUGCCCUGAUUUGAGUGCCUCAGAUCAGAAUGGUCAGAACAUGAUUGGGUCAUGCUCCAGUAAUUACACAGAGUUCACUGACAAUAUUGAUUUACAAGAUGGAAAUGAUAAAGCACUCAGACCACAUCAAAUGCUCAGUCAUCAUGAUGCUCCAGAGAAUGUGGUAAAUUCAGAGAUCCAUCCCAACCCAGAACAUCAACAAAGUUGUCAGGGGUUUUCAAAACUCAGGGAAGUACUGACUUUAGGAUCUUCAGAACUGAAGGCAAACAGCUGUAGUGAGACUGGAGACAACUCAGAUAGUGAGAGGUCCUGCAGUGAUUCAGGUCUCAAAAUUGUAGCAUCUUUUUCACUGAAGAAUAUGACAGAUGAUGGAUCUGACUUUGAGAAAACCGGUGGUGAGUGUGUUAUAGAGUCUGGUUUCAUUGUAACAUCUGAACAAGAAAAAGAACCAGAGGUUCUGUCAUUUUUGGGCAGGUUUACAUCGGUGGAGGGUUUUGAUGCAUCUUUACCAUCUCCUCCUCCUCCUUCUCUACAACCAACAGUAGUCAGUUGCCCUAACAGAAUGUCCGUAGCUAAAGCAGGUGGCAGUUCAAGGCAACAUGAGUCAAACCACCAUUUCUUUGUGUGUGGGUUCAACUGUCUGUUCAGCAGUAUCAGUGCCACAGAGUUCAAAGAACAUACCAUGAACUUCCACUCCUCAGAGGCUUUUUUCCCCUGCUACUACUGUGGCCAUCGCAGCCCCAAUGAGACUGAUCUGGUGAGGCAUAUCUCCAACCACACCCAGGCACACAACAAAUCUGUCCACCUUUAUGUCUGUGGAAAUGAUGGGUGCCGGUUUGGGUCCAACUUAGUGGCGGAUUAUAUCGGCCACUUCAAAACAGCACACCCAGACAUCCAUGAACCCAUGUGCUACUCCUGCGGAGACACCUUCUCAAAUCCCAGCAUGCUUCAGACUCAUGUUGAGAGCAAUGUUAUUCAUAUUGUCAACUGCCCUCACUGUUCUUCCAAAGCAACGGACAGAAAAGUUAUUUUAAACCACAUUUCCUCCACCCAUCCAGGAAAGCCUAAAAUGGUGUCAGUGGCUAAACAGCUAAUUUGUCAUGACAGGAAAAUGAACAGUUAUGAGCCAAGGGGUCAUCAUCGAGAGAUGCCUCCUCCAACCUUGACCCCAGCUCCAGCAAUGGCGGCUUGUAGCUCUGUUGUUGACCAGGUCAUAAACAGACAUCAUCUUGCUGGAGACGAAUCUAACAGCUUAUCAAAAUCCAGAGACACACCCUCUCCCAUGUCCAGCAUAAGCUCACCAAGCAGCAGACGUAAGGAAUCAACUCCUGAAAGAGGGAAAAGCCCGCAUUCUGACUCCUCAGACUUUGGUUCUGCAAAAGUGAAAGAGGAAUAUGAAUCUACAACCGCUUAUGUUGUGGAUGUGAAUGGCAUUCGGAGAAGAGUGUACGUCCCCAUGAGCGAGAGACAAGCAGAAAAUUACAGAUGCAGACACUGCACUUUCAUUGCUAGAGAUUUUAAAAGAAUGCAUUGUCAUGAGAAAUCCCAUGGAAUGCCUCCAACAAAAAAGGAGCGUUUCAAAUGUAUGUUUUGUCCACAAGGGUUUGAUAGUGAGCUGAAGUUUAGACUGCACAUAACAUGCCACCCAGGCCUCAUAAAAUUUUUGUUGUACAGAUGUAAGAAGUGUGAAUUUGACACCAACCAGAAACAUACCAUGAUGAGGCAUAUCACCUGUAACAAAGACAGAAAACACAGAGGGUUUGGUCCUGUCGAAGACCAGUACACUGUGGUGUCCAGAUCACUUGAGUCCCGAGUCAUGGAGUGUGACAGGUGUGACUAUAUGACCAGGCAUAAAAUCCACAUGACCUUACACUACCAGAAGAAACACAACAUCCUCAAGGACAGAUCUGAAUUUACAGUUGAGGGCAUUACACCGACAGACACCCCUCUCUCCACUUAUGACCUUUCUCCUCAGAUACCACAAUCGCUGUCCCCUUACACUGGUUUCAGAUCUCCAGAUAUUUCUCAGGAUAACGCAUUUGAUUUCCCCAAACCAUCAGGGAGUGUCAAGAAAUCUAAAGACAGUGUCCGUUCAGACAGCCCCGUUAUAACUUUAGCACGGAUCAACGAGAGAAAUGACGUGUUUAACAGAAUGGUAUCCCAUCAGGCAGCACUGCAGCCAGGACACGUAGCAGAAAACCAGAUGAGGAAGUUCAAGUGUCCCAUCUGUAGGUACUUACUUCCCAAGGCAGCAGACCUGAAGAAUCAUGUGAAAAGGCACUCUGAAAUUGGACAAAUAACACUGAUCAUUUUUAGAUGUCGAUAUUGCAGCUGUAUGUCCACGGCUAGGGAGUUGCUGUAUGAACACCUGGUGGAAAAGCACCCAGGGAAGCCGAUAGCUCUGGUGAAAAAGAUUGUGGCUAUUGAUACCAUGGAUGUGGACAAAUCCUUCGCUGAAACCACCAUGGAAGAGACCUUAGACCAAUUGGAGGAGCAGUUACAUAAGGAGAUCUUGUCCAACCUGACUUCAAAGUCAUCUAUGGGUGUAAAUGAAAUCUUAUCACCAAAGAACUAUGAACAGGUGUUUGUAAUACCUGAAGGUGAGGAAAUAUUUGGGGCACCACUACAGUGCCCUAAAUGUCCUUUCAGCUCCUUCAUCAGAAGUGAGAUAGUAUUUCAUGUGAAUUCCUUACAUUCAGAAAUCAGAGUAAUCGGAAGUGAAGAAGCUCUAGACUCUUUGGUUAGAGCAACAGCAGACAGUAUUCACAUCGACAAUGCAUUGUCAGACUCCUCACCUGUGUUGGCCAGCCAGGAGGAGGUGCUCAUUGUUCCUGAUGAUCAGAUCUUCAAGGAGCCAGCACUGUGCUCCAGGUGUGACUUUUCCACAUUGCUGCGUAGGGAUAUGGUCAUCCAUCUACAACAGAACCACCCUGAGAUUGCUGUCAUGGGCCGCAACUCUUUCCCUGUACAGGUCACUGCAAUGGGGUAUUUUACGGGGCCGAUGGAUGAAAGUUGCAUUGUAGGCAGCGGCAGUCUGGAUGCCAAACUUCGAUGUCUGUAUGAGAAUUAUGGAACUCAGAUGAAGUGCUUGAUUUGUGGCACUGAACGUCCUAAAAAGUUCUUCAUUCAUGUGCACAUCCUUCGGCAUCUCAACAUUUACCUCUGGAAGUGUGCUUUCUGUGCCCACAGGGGCCUACAGAAGUACAAGAUGGUUGAUCACAUCAAGAAGGUGCAUCCAGGAAAACCACUGAGUGUUCGCUACCUGCGGGUCAACGUUGAUGCAAAGGUCGCCCAGUUCCUAGAACAGUUUAAUACCCUUAAGAGAUGUAAAGAUGACACGAUAGCAACAGGAGUCGGCACAAAAUCUCCAGGACCAUCAGGCUCUACCUCCCCACACUCUCUGGGCAGUGAUGAACUGGAUGAAAAGAUCAGCUGUUUGUACGACAACUGUGGUGGGGUCACUUUCAAGUGCAUCGCCUGUCACAAUCAGUUCCAGCGCAAGUUUGCCAUACAUCGCCAUAUCAUCAUGUCUCACCUAAAGGUGGCACUGCUUGCCUGUGCCUACUGUGGCAUGGAAGGCGUGGAGAGGCAUCAGAUUGUUGACCACAUCUUAGCCUGUCACAGGCCAGCACCGGUCAACAUCCUGCCCUUGGACAUUGACCUGCAUAAAAGUGUGUCUGAGUUCCUCACCAAACUGGCUGCAGGAGAACUUAGAGGAGUUGAUAUGUUUGAUCAGAAGAAAGCCAGCAAGAAGACAAAGAUGGGAUCCCUAAAGCUGGGCAAGUCUCCGGGCUCCAAUAGCUUGAAGAAACACAGCACGGUAGACCCAGAUGUCCUCUUACUGGGUCGGUAUGCACUAGAUCAAGAGCUGGGGUGUCUGUAUCAGGAGCGCCCUUCUGGUCAACUGCGCUGUUUGGUGUGCAGGUGGGAAUUCCCAAAGAAGUAUCCACUUCACAGACACAUCAUGCUGAAGCAUCUGAAGAUGAACUUACUGGGCUGUCCGUACUGUCCCUUUGAGGGGAUUGAGAAGUACAACAUAUCAGUUCACAUCAAGGAAUUACAUGGAGGCAAGGCACUGGGCGUCAAGCUGCUGGACUCUGACGUCAGGGGAAGGGUGAAGAAGUUUGUGGAGGACAUGACUAGCACUGGUGCUGAAGAUCUAGAACGCAACAAGAAGGAGUCUGUGGAUAGUUCUUUGUUGAUUGUACCAAAAGUUGAGAUCAAUGAUGAGGAGAGAAAUGGCCCUGUAAAUGAGGAGGAGGGAAAUGGCCAUGUCAGUGAGGAGGAGGGUGAAAGAAAGAAAACUGCUGAUACUGUUAACAGUGGGCUAGUGGUAGCCAUGUUUGGCAAGAAGAAACAACAGUUUUCAUUUGGGAAUGUGCAUGUGAAGACAGAGAUCCACGAUAAAGAUUUCAAAGACAGCAGUAACAUACCUGCACAUGAUAAUGAUGGUAAGAAAGAACAGUACUCUCCUGAUGAAGAUGAUGAAGGUGAUGUAUAUACAGCAAAAGUAAAAUAUAAAUCCCCCAAAGGAACCAAACACCUCUCCAGUGCUCAGAUGAAACAUCUUCGUGUCCAGUCAUUAGUAUCAGAAUCGUACCGCUCCCCUGCGGGUGGCAAGCCAAAGGCUUUGGAUGUGAUCACCAAAAUUAAAGUCUUGAAAGCUAAAGAAGGUCAAAUUGUGAAGUUUUACUGUGAGAUGUGUAAGUUUACCUCCCUGCAUCGGUCAAAUGUUGUUCGUCAUAUCUACAAAAUACACGAGAAGUACCAGACACAGGUCUGCCCCUUGUGCACUUACCAGACUCUCAGUCCUAUGUUAAUGUACAGACAUGCAGAGAAGGAGCACCCUGGCCUCGACUACAAGCCAGGCUCGUCAAAACAAGCCCAUCCCAAGCUCACCAGAAAACCAAAGAUGGGGCCUCUGAGUUUCCAGAAACGAAGGCAGAGCCUGGUCAGUGAGCCCCACUCUCAGAAAACUUCCUCCAGCGCAGUCACCAUCAGCUGCAGCACUCUGACUCUGGGUCCCAAACAAUAUGCUUGUGCUUACUGUCACUACGAGACCAGCACACAAGAAGACAUCCUCCGACAUACAAGAAUCAACCAUUCUCAGGGAGAGGAACAGUCAGCAGUCGUCAAAUCUCCAAACAGCAAGCCUAAAAACACUACCAAAAAGGCUGUCAAGAGAAGAGUUCCAGAUGAAGAUGAGGCUGGGUUUAAAAGAAAGCGCAAGUUUAUCUUUGAGAAAAGUAACGAGCUCAUCCAGUGCGGUCACUGUGAUACUAAAGAAACUACAAUGAGUCGCAUGCAGGACCAUCUGACCUGGGAUCACCCAGGACUCCCGUUUCAAGCCAAAAGAAUUCCUGCCUGGCGAUUUAUCUGCAAAUCAUGUUCUGUUAAAACUAUGGCCACAUCAAAAAUGAAAUAUCAUCUCAACCGACAUGUUAAUUACCGGCCAUACACCUGCGUCGACUGUGCAGCUUUCUUCCCAUCACCAGACCAGUGCAGGAGACAUUCCAGAUCUCAAGCACACACGGAGCAGUAUACAUAUGUCCGUGCUCUCAAGAAAGAGGCCAGAGUGGCGGAGCUACUUGAAGGGACUCGUCAACUUGCCCUACAGGUGCAGGAUGAAGCGUCCAAAGACCCAGAUUUUGACAUCUCUAAAUCAGAUACUUUUAUUGCCAAGUUCCAGGAAUUCAAGGGUAACUUAAAGAGAAGCAUCCCGGGAGUGACGCGCAAGCUGGUGAAGAAAGCCAAAGGACGUUUACACGAUACAGCAAAUAAUGGAGGAGGAGCUGGUGCAGGGCACCCAAGAAAACAGACUGGCAAAUCAGCACAAACCGUUGGGGUGGAACAGGAUGUCACCAUUAAAUGCUACAACUGUGAGUUCACCUCCAGCAACGUCAGCAGUGUCAAAGUUCACCACAACCAGGAACAUCCGGGCACCAAGUUUCUGUGGACUGAGCUGGAGCGAGGCUUCACUUGUGACAGCUCUGGGGAGGCACUGCCAGAGUGUGAUUCUGUGCCCUGUACAUCCACGGAUGUUGGAUAUACCACACGGAUGACUCUUGGGGCAGGCAGCAAUACCAUGAGGUUUAAAUGCAAAACUUGUGAUUUUUCAUCCUGUGUGAUCCAAGCAAUGAAGUCACAUCUGAAAUCACAUCAGCCAAAGGGAUUCAUGUGUCCCUACUGCAGUCGGUCCUUCUCUGGGAAAGAGAAACUCAUGCGGCACCAGUACUGUUUGCAUAAGGGCCUGUCACUCUGGGUGAUCCAUCUGCGCAUGGCUGGAGUUGUAGGCUCUACAGCAGUGAAGAAAGGCAAAGGUGUCCCUGCAGACGACAGUGCAGCUGAAGUCCACACAGACAGUGUGGGCACAGAGUCAGCCCCAAAGACACCCAGCGGCGGCUCGACCGUGUUCUUGUGCAGCGAGUGCGCGUACACAACAGGGAGUCUCUACCACUUCCGCUUGCACCUGGCUCAGCAGCAUCCACAAUUCAGACACAAGACCUGCGCCACAUCUCCUGACACACCUCUCAGGUGUGCCUCUUGUUCCUUCGUGGCAGAAACAGAAAUAGACUUGAGUAUUCAUGCAGAAACUCACUCCAGUACUGGAAGUUUCCAGUGUGGGUACUGUGACUACAACUCAGCUGAUAGAUCAAGUGUACAGUGUCAUCUGGCCGCCAGCCAUGGCUCUCUAGAUCCCAAGAUUUUACAUCAACGGGACAAAGGUGAAGACAAAAUCAGUUUGCCGCUGUUAGUAAAUUUAGAACCAAAUAUCCUGUUGGAACGAGUGUCAGAUUCUGUACUAACUCAGUACAGCAUUUCAAAGUCGGAGGAUGAUUGUGCUUUGGACAAUGAGGAGGAGGAUGAUCAUAUGGAUGAAGCAGAAGAAGAAAAGGUAAGUGUUCACACUGACACAUUUACCGAAGCAACCAGCCCAUUGAGGAAAUCAUCAUUUAACAAGCAGUUUGAUGAUGAUGAUGAUGAUGAUGAGAGGCUAAUAGUAGUAGAAGAUCCUUAUCUGAGUACAAGAGAAGCAGGAACUAGGGAUGGUGGUCGUAGUGGUGAUGAUAAUGAUGAUGGUGAUGAUAUUAAUAAAGCAGAACUUGCUGCAGUUAACAGUUUGAAUCUGCAAAUCAAUGAAGUGAGGGAAUUCAAGAAACAGUCAAACAAUCUACAGUUUGUAGGUCAUGAACAAUUCUGUUCUCCUGAUUUAUAUUCAGAUGUUACAAACACACAGUUUGACACUGAGGUAACUAAUCAGUGUCACUUACCAGCCGAUGAAGGCAUCGAUGAUGGUGAUGAUGAUGUUAGUAAUGAUGAUGAUGAUAAUAACAGUGAUGUUGAUGAUGAUGUUGAAGCUGAUGUUAAUGAUGAUGACAGUGAGUAUGGUGUUAAUGAAAGUGAUAAAGAAGAUAUAGAUGGGAAGGUAUCCACAUCACAGGAUAACAUUUCAACUGGCCAGAGUCGAGAUUUGACCUUACUGGCAGCUCAGGACAAAGACAGUAAAGGUAGUGAUGAUGAGGGGGAAGUUGAGGAUGAAGAUAUGGAUUUUGAUAAUGAUACAGCUCUGUCAUCUCCCUUGCCGAUGAUCUCACUUGGGGACGGAGUGGCUAUGUCUCCGGUGAAUAUGGAGAUAGAUGAUGCCGGGAUCAGGGUCGAGCAGGAACAUUUUGUUACUGAUUCUAACAGUGAAAGACUGCUUGAUGUGUGA